AUGUCCAACAGCAGCUCCAUCACCCAGUUCCUUCUCCUGGCAUUCACAGACACACGGGAGCUGCAGCUCUUGCACUUCGGGCUCUUCCUGGGCAUCUACCUGGCUGCCCUCCUGGGAAACGGCCUCAUCAUCACUGCCGUAGCCUGUGACCACCGCCUCCACACCCCCAUGUACUUCUUCCUCCUCAACCUCUCCCUCCUCGACCUGGGAUCCAUCUCUAACACUGUUCCCAAAUCCAUGGCCAAUUCCCUGGGGGACACCAGGGCCAUUUCACACAAGGGAUGUGUUGCCCAAGUCUUUCUGUUUGUAUUUUUGAUUUCAACAGAGUAUUACAUUCUCACUGUCAUGGCCUAUGAUCGCUACGUAGCCAUAUGCAUCCCCCUACACUAUUGGACUCUCCUGGGCAGCAGAGCUUCUGUCCACAUGGCAGCAGCUGCCUGGGGCAGUGGCUUUCUCAAUGCCGUGCUGCACACUGCCAAUACAUUUUCACUCCCUCUCUGCCAAGGCAAUGCUGUGGACCAGUUCUUCUGUGAAAUCCCCCAGAUCCUCAAGCUCUCCUGCUCAGAUGCCUACCUCAGGGAGCUUGGGCUUAUUAUGUUUAGCGUCCUUGUUGUCUUUAUGUGUUUUCUUUUCAUUGUGCUGUCCUAUGUGCAGAUCUUCAGGGCUGUGCUGAGGAUCCCCUCUCAGCAGGGACGGCACAAAGCCUUUUCCACGUGCCUCCCUCAUUUGUCUGUAGUAUCUCUGUUCCUCAGCACUGCAGUGUUUAACCACAUCAAGCCUCCCUCCAUUUCCUCCCCAUCCGUUGAUCUGGUGGUGGCAGUUCUGUACUCAGUGGUGCCUCCAGUAGUGAACCCCCUCAUCUACAGCAUGAGGAACCAGGAGCUCAAGGAUGCCCUAUGGAAACUGAUCCAAUGA